GAAAUUUAACCAAUAAACCUUAUCCUUGACUCUUAAUAUUUCCUUCCUAAGUUUUCACAAGAUUACCAGAAUGUCUUCAUAACGAUAAAUAAUCAUGAAAUGUAAUUAAUAAUUGUCAUUAAUCAUUUUGAGAAUGGUGAAAAUAAUAAUAAGGACAGAAAAAUUUCCCACAGUUAUAUUUUUAUCAGUAUUCUGAUUUACACAGAUAUAAUAUGGAUACACAUUUAUGUAAAAGGUAACGAUACUUACUUUUUUUAACGAAAAUAGCAAUCACCUUAAUAAUUAGAAAAGAUCUUACAAAAGAUAAAUUGAAAUGACUCCAGGGAGUUGGCAUUUAACCUCUGUGACUGUGUAAUUAGUAGUGAAAGUCAUAGUGUACGUUCAUUCUCAGCUUCUAUCUGAUCUUUCACAUGUAAUGUUCAGAUCAAGAUCUUAUACCAUCUUAAUUUUAUCAACACAAGAGUUGGUAUCGCAAUGGAAAUGAUAGAUUAUGAGUGAUACUAGCUCAGCCAUCAACACUAUUGAUCUUACGAAGAUUUGUUUUACCAACUACCAUCAAUUUUAUGAAUCCAGAAGUUAGAAGAUUAUAUGGGCAAUCUGUAACCAAGAUGCAACGCCUUCGUAUUAAUUGUAAAAAUUAAAUCAGAAAAAAAUGUAAAGCUAAAUGUCUACAUUGAAAAAAAGAUUGAAUAGAAUUCAAUCUGAACAAGAGGAUAACAAUUAUCUUAUACGGAAUAAUGUUGGGCCCAUGGUAAUGUCUAAUUUUUAUCUGGAUAAUUAUAACUCAAUAUUUAAAAUCCAAUUUAUCUUGCAAAAGAAAGAAAUUGUAAGGAAGUAGAAGGAUAAAAAUGCAUCAGUAAAAAUUGGAUUAUUCUAGUGCAGUGUAUCACGACUACUUUGCAUGACAGGAUAAUCUUUGUACUCUUUGAAAGUGAAUUAGUUACAAAAAUAUGAUUAAAAUCAAAUACGUAUGUUGGAUAAUUCUUAUGAUUAAUUUAUUGAAUGGUUUUUGAACGCAGUCAAUACCUUUUUUGUUCGUGAGACCUUAUGAAUGAAAUAUUACGAUGCACAUAAAGACCCAAUGAGUACACGUAUGCACAUAUCGUGAAUCAUAAACAAAAUAUCAAUUUUUCUUCAUGUGUUUUUAAAUAAUCAAUUUUUCAUAUAAAAGAAAAAAUUGUUCUCAACUUUGUUAAUGUUCAAAAUUUGGGCAUAUUUACUUCUACAAUUAUCUUUUCUCUGAUGAAAAACAAAAAGCUUAUAAAAAGUGUUUUAUAUUUGUCUGAUCAUCAAAAAUAAUUCAGCUACUACUGUAAAGUAAACAGUAAAUUGAAGAUACACCUGACAAGAGAUUUUUUUAGAGAAAGGGCUAAUGUUUAUUUUGAAAACAGAAUGUCAGAACUGAAUAAUAUUUGCUUGAUAAGUCAAGUCGUUUGAAUACGCUAAUGGACUCACUGUAUAUGUUAACUGUAAAUUGACAUUCAACAAAAAUUAUUGAGAAUGUACAAUACCUGCACGUGCAUGUAUCUCGUUUCAAGUCAAAAGAAAAUCCACGCUCAAACGUGACAAUUUUGCAUGGUGAUUAUGCGAGGAUCAACGAUUUAUGUCAUGUAAACACUCAUGAAUAUUUGCCAACAGAGAGCAGGGAUUCAACAAGGCAAUCUGUAUGCUUUCUUCUUUACGCAUAAUCUAUCUCUAAGCAUCAAUUGCAUCUUGCAUACUGAAUCAUGGUAAUAACCGAUAGAGCAAUUACCACUGGAUACUUAUACUUCUUGUACACAUAACAAACAUCAAGAUUGGCCUAGAUUUAACCUUAUAUUAUCAAUUUUUCAAGCCUGAGUAAUUUAAUAUCGACUAUAUAUUUAUAACAAACCGUGGAAUAAGUGUGACCCUAGGUCAUUUGGAAAGAUCACCAACAACUCUCAAUACCUUGAAACAUCAAGAUAUGUUGAAAUUUUACAUAUCAAUUUUCAGACCGAAUGUAAAUGCAUUUAAAAGUUGGAAACUUUAAUUACAAGACAAUAUUUAUGAUGAUGAUUUGAUUAAAAUCAUGUCGAAAUUUGAUUCUACCAAUAAUAUAUAGAAUCUUAAAUGAUGGAUCAACAUGAGUUAAGCACAGCAAUUACUUGGAUGAAGAAGUUAUCAGUCUUUGUUUCUUGUAUUUAUCUCAAAAAAACUUGUGAACAAUUUAGCGAGUAAAUUGAAUGUUUUCAUGAAAAGAAUCCUAGAAAACAUAAUAAUAAAAAUUAUGGAGUAAUUCUCAAACAUCAUUUUUCACUUGAAUAACUCCAUGAACUUAUAAAGUGUAGCAGUUUAUUGAAAAAUUUAUAUCUUUUCAUAAAAAUAUUUUUUUAAAUAAUAGCACAAAGCAAGAAAUGUUUAAAGAUCUGGAGCCUACAGAUAAAGGUCGAAAGAAAAGGGAAUGGUAGAGGGAGAGUCUGUAAGAGAGAAGUUUCACAGGUGGGCAGUCGUCACCUUGACAGAUCAGUGCUUAGACUUUCCUUGGCUCUUCUUCAUCUAUCAUCAAGUUCUUUAAUGAAACAUUCAUCAAUGUAGUAAUACUAUAAUGUGAGAAAUAAACAAAGUGACGGGAUGAUUAAAAAAAGAAGAAAAAGAUUAUUUUAAAUGAGUAAAAUCAUUUGUUAAUUAAGUGAUUAAGAUGAUGGGAGAAAUCAUCAAAGUAUCUGGAGAAAGACCUAACUUUUUGGAGGAUGCUUUAUCACAAACUUUUGCUGAUGUUUUUUUAUGUUGUUCUGGUGGUCAAAGAUUUCGUGCUCAUCGAUUAGUUUUAUCGGCAGCUAGUUCUUAUCUUCAUGAAGUCCUUGUGGCUCAUGGAAAAAUAGCUGGACAAUGUGAACCCAUCACUGUGAUACUUGCUGAAGUAGAAGGUAACGAUCUCGCUGCAAUCUUAGGAUUCCUCUACACUGGAAGUACUGCAGUUCCAUCAGCAAGAUUAGAAGCCUUUUCAAGUACUGCUGAUGCUCUCAGGAUACGCAUUCCACCACUUCCACGUGUUUUAAAAAAUCAAAGGAUAUCGGAGAAUAUAAAGGAUCAUUCAAAAGUCUAUGAUUAUUUAAGUUCAACACAAGAACUCGAAGUGAGAGAAACAAUGGUUCAAAAGGAAGAUGAAAAUGGAUUAAAUUUAAAAAUGGAUAAAACAAUUUGUCUUCGUCGACUCUUAAUGUCUGAUAAUAUUAACAAAAAUAAAAUGUUACCAAGAGAAAUUGUAAAAUUUAAAUCUCAUGUAGCUAACCGAGUGUUUGCUUCUCCCUGGUGUCAACUUGUGCGACCUUAUCAUUCGCCAAAGAGUCGAGUGAUUUUGCAAAACAGUGAGUCAUGUUGUAAGAAUAUUUACGAUGUUUCAACUGAUUCUUUUUCAUCUUCACGACAAGACACGUUUCAAGAUAUAUAUCCUAAUGCUUUGAACAUGACUACUGUAGGCGUUGAAAGAUUGUCCAAGUCUCUCAUACAUGAUGUACAACAGGUGACCGAUGACUAUCCUCAAAAUUCUUCUAGUAACAUACUUAGAUCGUAUCCACCUGAUAUAGUUCAAAGCGAUAGAGACAUGAGUAAAUGUCAACACAAUCAUACCAAAACUAAUACAGACAUUUUUGAUGAUAUCCAUUUGUAUCACAAAGCUAAUAAAUCAUCAGAAGAGUCUUUGGAUCAUUUAAAUCAAAGAAGUUUUGAGGACGAUACAAUCAACGUCAACACCGUUAGAUGCAAUGAUAAUAACAAUAAUGAAGAUGAAAAUAAUUAUAACAACAAUUCAGUGAAGUCAGAUAUCGAAGUGGUUUCUACAACUACUUUGCGAGAUCUUGAUCAUAAAAAUUCUCUAGAAACUUUUUGUUCAUCUUCAUUGAAGUCUACCGAAAGUAAUCAUUCACAAGAAAAGCCAUUUAAAUGUUCAGAUUGUGGUAAGGAAUUUUCUCAGCUGCGAAAUUACAAAUAUCAUCGUAGUAUGCAUGAAGGGACAGGAGAAUUUGCGACCACGUGUCCAGAGUGCGGAAAGUACUUUAAUGACCGCGGCUACUUGGGCUCCCAUAUGAAGAUUCAUAGAAAUAGAAAGGAGUAUGUUUGCAACGAAUGCGGUAAAAGUUUCAAUCAAAGAGUUGCUUAUAAUAUGCAUAUGAGGAUUCAUACAGGUUUAAAACCUCAUCGUUGUGAACAAUGUGGUAAAGCAUUCUCCCGCAAAAUGUUGUUAAAACAACACUUACGCACUCAUUCUGGAGAACGACCUUAUCAGUGUCAUAUUUGUAACAAAGCCUUCGCCGACAGAUCCAACAUGACUCUUCACACUAGAUUACAUUCUGGUUUAAAACCUUAUCAAUGUGAUAUUUGUUCGAAAUCUUUUACUAAAAAGCAUCAUUUGAAGACACAUUUGAAUUAUCAUACUGGAACCAAACCAUAUUCUUGCCCAAACUGUUCUUUAACUUUUUCACAGAGCAGUAACAUGAGAACUCAUUAUAAAAAAUGUAUUAAUAUUCAGAAUAAUGAUCAUUUAAAAUGUGAAAAAAAUUCUAGGGUGAAUAUUGAAGAAAAAAAGAAGUCUGAAAAAUCAGUUAUAAAGUGUUCUGUAGCUCUAACACCUCCUCACUCGGAUCUGGAAGUUCAAACUAACAUUCGGGAUGUUAGUUGAUAGUAAAUUGAAAAUUUAUAGUAAAAUUUGAAAUUUAUAGCAAAAAAUAAAUAUUUAUUAUAAAUUAAUGAAUAAUAUUAAGUUAUAAAACUUUAGUUCAUGGGUUUUUGUUUUGUACUUAGUGAUUUAUUAAUUUUCCCCUUUAGCGGAGAUUUUUUUACGGUACUUGUUCUUUCUUGUUUUUUACUUAAUUCUUCAGGAAUUUUUUGAACCGUUUUUCUUCUGUAUAACUUCGUUUUUUGUGGGAAAGUUUUUCGCAGCCAUUCGUCUCUUUCCAUUAGCCAAAUUCUUUGAUAUUCAUGAGCUAUUAGCUGCUCCAUUGGUAUGUGAGUAUCUCUGAUUAAUAAAUAAAUUCAUUUAUUGUUUAAUAAAACAUUUGUUUAAUGUCAUUGUUAAAUGUGUA